AAUUCUAAUACAUUUUUUAAAAGAGUAUGCUGCUGAGCUAAGACUCUCUAUGCCAUAUUUCAGCCUCAAGCAGAUUUUUAUGACAAAGUAAUGAACCCCUGGAAACAGGUUUAUAAUGGAAAAUGCAACUUGACCUUAGCUAGAGAAGCCCAAAUGCACGUUACAAUAGCACAUUUUUGAAACACACAAAAUCCUUUUCUCCCAAGGGUGGUGUCACGGGAGGAAGGUGUAUAAUAAUAGUUGUAUUUACCAUAAAUACCUAACAUAUUUUAUGAUGAUUUGAUUCUAUUAAAAAAUUUCACCUUAUAGAUUUUAAUAAAGCCGCCUAUGGGCAAAGUUAUUGCAGUUGGAUUUCUUUUCCUCUGCCUACUGGUCUCAGUGGAAAGAAGUAAGCAACCCUUAUAAAAGGCUUUAGUUUUUAGUACCUGGUUAAUAAAAAAUAAUUUCCUCUCCUUUGGACUUGUUCAUGAAGCUGAAAAAUGACUCCACAGGUCAAUGGUGUGUGGCAAAGCUAAUUUCUAUAAGCUUUUUAUCAGGUGGUACUGAGUGAAACAAUAUGGGGAAACUGAAAAACUCACCAUUCUGUACCAAAUUUACAAGGAUGAGAGUUAUUCCCAAUGUCACAAAAAGGGGGGAAAAAUGACACAUUUUUCUUCUAGAUUUCUACAACAACCACAACAAAAGUUCUGAGAUACAAGGAGUACAGAAGGGAAAACUAAAGUGUAUGGAAAAUCUUAGUUAAUGUAGAUUUUAAAAUCAGACACAAAUGGCAGUCAUUGUUUAAAAAAAACAGCUUUCACUUGUCUUGUUGACAAAGGAACCUCAUAGUAGUAAGCGUGAGUGAGGCAAGUCAUAUCAUAGCAACCCAGACAGAGGUUGUCAUUCAGGUCACUUCUCCACAAGGCUCCUUUUCCCCAAGGAUCAUGUUUUCUCAGAGGAGCUUCAGGAGAACACUGUAAUCAACAAAAACUGGGCUUCUUCCCUUGAGGUUCGGCAGAGUGUUGGCUGUGCAUCUGGCAGAGCAUGACAGCAAGGAACUUCACAUCCCUUCUGUCUCUCCAGCAUAUUCACAGGCCACCCUCCAGAAAGGAAAUUGGGAGUGGGGCAGUGUAACACGCCCUGGCACCUGUGAGACAAGCAGCUGUCAUCCCAAUGGGGUGGCUGGACGAGAGCAGCUCUUGGCUCAGCAGAGAAUGCACAGUAUGAUCAGCUCAGUGGAUGUGAAGUCAGAGGUUCCUGUGGGCCUGGAGCCCAUCUCGCCUUUAGACCUAAGGACAGACCUCAGGAUGAUGAUGCCUGUGGUGGACCCUGUUGUCCGUGAGAAACAAUUGCAGCAGGAGUUAUUGCUCAUUCAGCAACAGCAGCAAAUCCAGAAGCAGCUCUUGAUUGCAGAGUUUCAGAAACAGCAUGAGAACUUGACACGGCAGCAUCAGGCUCAACUUCAGGAGCACAUCAAGUUGCAACAGGAACUUCUAGCCAUAAAACAGCAACAAGAACUCCUAGAAAAGGAGCAGAAACUGGAGCAGCAGAGGCAAGAACAGGAAGUAGAGAGGCAUCGCAGAGAACAGCAGCUUCCUCCUCUCAGAGGCAAAGAUAGAGGACGAGAAAGGGCAGUGGCAAGUACAGAAGUAAAGCAGAAGCUUCAAGAAUUCCUGUUGAGUAAAUCAGCAACAAAAGACACUCCAACUAAUGGAAAAAAUCAUUCCGUGAGCCGCCAUCCCAAGCUCUGGUACACGGCUGCCCACCACACGUCAUUGGAUCAAAGCUCUCCACCCCUGAGUGGAACGUCUCCAUCUUACAAAUACACAUUACCAGGAGCUCAAGAUGCAAAAGAUGAUUUCCCCCUUCGAAAAACUGCCUCUGAGCCCAACUUGAAGGUGCGGUCCAGGUUAAAACAGAAAGUGGCAGAGAGGAGAAGCAGCCCCUUACUCAGGCGGAAGGAUGGAAAUGUUGUCACUUCAUUCAAGAAGCGAAUGUUUGAGGUGACAGAAUCCUCGGUCAGUAGCAGUUCUCCGGGGUCUGGUCCCAGUUCACCAAACAAUGGGCCAGCUGGAAAUGUUACUGAAAAUGAGACUUCGGUUUUGCCUCCUACUCCUCAUGCUGAGAAAAUGGUUUCUCAGCAACGCAUUCUAAUUCACGAAGAUUCCAUGAACCUGCUAAGUCUUUAUACCUCUCCCUCUUUGCCCAACAUUACCUUGGGACUUCCAGCAGUGCCAGCCCAGCUCAAUGCUUCAAAUUCACUCAAAGAAAAACAGAAGUGUGAGACCCAGACACUCAGACAAGGUGUUCCUCUGCCUGGGCAGUAUGGGGGCAGCAUCCCGACAUCUUCCAGCCAUCCCCAUGUCACUUUGGAGGGGAAGCCCAACAGCAGCCACCAAGCUCUCCUGCAGCAUUUAUUACUGAAAGAACAGAUGCGACAGCAAAAGCUUCUUGUGGCUGGUGGCGUUCCCUUACAUCCUCAGUCUCCCUUGGCAACAAAAGAGAGAAUUUCACCUGGAAUUAGAGGUACCCACAAAUUACCCCGUCACAGACCCCUGAAUCGAACCCAGUCUGCGCCUUUGCCUCAGAGCACGUUGGCUCAGCUGGUCAUUCAGCAGCAACACCAGCAAUUCUUGGAGAAGCAGAAGCAAUACCAGCAGCAGAUCCACAUGAACAAACUGCUUUCGAAAUCUAUUGAACAACUGAAGCAACCAGGCAGUCACCUCGAGGAAGCAGAGGAAGAGCUUCAGGGGGACCAGGCGAUGCAGGAAGACAGAGCGCCCUCUAGUGGCAACAGCACUAGGAGUGACAGCAGUGCUUGUGCGGAUGACUCACUGGGACAAGUUGGGGCUGUGAAGGUCAAGGAGGAACCAGUGGACAGUGAUGAAGAUGCUCAGAUCCAGGAAAUGGAAUCUGGGGAGCAGGCUGCUUUUAUGCAACAGCCCUUCCUGGAGCCCCAGCACACACGUGCGAUCUCGGUGCGCCAAGCUCAGCUGGCUGCGGUUGGCAUGGACGGAUUAGAGAAACACCGUCUUGUCUCCAGGACUCACUCCUCCCCAGCGGCCUCCAUUUUACCUCACCCAGCAAUGGACCGCCCCCUCCUGCCAGGCUCUGCAACUGGGAUUGCCUAUGAUCCUCUGAUGCUGAAACACCAGUGCAUUUGUGGCAAUUCCACCACCCAUCCGGAGCAUGCUGGACGAAUACAGAGCAUUUGGUCACGGCUGCAAGAAACUGGGCUGCUAAAUAAAUGUGAGCGAAUUCAAGGUCGAAAAGCCAGCCUGGAGGAAAUACAGCUUGUUCAUUCUGAACAUCACUCACUGUUGUAUGGCACUAACCCCCUGGACGGACAGAAGCUGGACCCCAGGACACUCUUAGGUGACUCCUCUCAAAAGUUUUUUUCUUCAUUACCUUGUGGUGGACUUGGGGUGGACAGUGACACCAUUUGGAAUGAGCUGCACUCGUCCGGUGCUGCACGCAUGGCUGUUGGCUGUGUCAUCGAGCUGGCUUCCAAAGUGGCCUCAGGAGAGCUGAAGAAUGGCUUUGCUGUUGUGAGGCCCCCAGGCCAUCAUGCUGAAGAAUCCACAGCCAUGGGGUUCUGCUUUUUUAAUUCAGUUGCAAUUACCGCCAAAUACUUGAGAGACCAACUAAAUAUAAGCAAGAUAUUGAUUGUAGAUCUGGAUGUUCACCAUGGAAAUGGUACACAGCAGGCCUUUUAUGCCGACCCCAGCAUCCUGUAUAUUUCACUCCAUCGCUAUGAUGAAGGGAACUUUUUCCCUGGCAGUGGAGCCCCAAAUGAGGUUGGAACAGGCCUUGGAGAAGGAUACAAUAUAAAUAUUGCCUGGACAGGUGGCCUUGAUCCUCCCAUGGGUGAUAUCGAGUACCUUGAAGCAUUCAGGACUGUGGUGAAGCCUGUGGCCAAAGAGUUUGAUCCAGACAUGGUCCUGGUUUCUGCUGGAUUUGAUGCAUUAGAAGGCCACGCCCCUCCUCUGGGAGGGUACAAAGUGACAGCAAAAUGCUUUGGUCAUUUGACGAAGCAACUGAUGACACUGGCUGAUGGACAUGUGGUGUUGGCUCUAGAAGGAGGACAUGAUCUGACAGCCAUCUGCGAUGCAUCAGAAGCCUGUGUAAAUGCCCUUCUAGGAAAUGAGCUGGAGCCACUUGCAGAAGAUAUUCUCCACCAAACUCCGAAUAUGAAUGCUGUUAUUUCUUUACAGAAGAUCAUUGAAAUUCAAAGUAAAUACUGGAAGUCAGUAAGGAUGCUGGCUUUGCCAGGGGGCUGUGCUCUGGCUGGGACACAGUUGCAGGAGGAAACAGAGACUGUUUCUGCUCUGGCCUCCCUGACAGUGGAUGUGGAACAGCCUUUUGCUGGAGAAGACAGCAGAACUGUUGGUGAGCCUAUGGAAGAGGAGCCAGUCUUGUGAAGUACCAAGCCCUACCACCACCACCAGCCUCCCUAUCCUUGAUAUUUCCUGUGUGUGACAUCAUUGUGUAACCCCCCACCCCCACCCCAGCACCCUCAGAUAUGUCUUGUCUGCUGCCUGGGUGGCAGAGAUUCGAUGGAACAUAAACACUGGGCACGAAAUUCCGAACAGCAGCUUCACUUGUUCUUUGGAUGGACUUGAAAGGGCAUUAAAGAUUCCUUAAAAGUAA